GUCGAAGGAGCGGACCCUCCAUUGCCCGUUUUUGAAGCUGCCGCCGCUUCUAUCUUUGCCGAAUUGUCUUGUUGGUCCAUCGCACGGGGUCUCAACUUGCGAUGUUGAUUCGGAGGUGGCUCAGAGACGGAGGCUUUUUCUCGUGGCCUGGUGGUUUUCGAACCGUUGGUAGCGACCUCGUCCAAAUGUUCUGUUGCUGUCGAUUCGACCCUGGAUCGUCCUUCCGAUUGGUCUUGUCCACCGCUAGAACCAUCGCUGUGACGUCUUCGGCGACGAAGCGAGCUACCACGCCUUCUAGCCUUACCCUUUCCACUCGAACUGGACUUCUGAAUCGCUGGUUUUGUGACCAUCCCUGUUGCCGAGCCGACUCUUGAAUCUCGUUCCGCCAACUCGUGCUUCUCAUCCUCGAAAGUUAAGCUACUCCCUCGACGCUCUCGUGCGAAGCAGUCUUCGACGUCCUGCGCCCCUCCCUCUUGUGGCUGAUGGCAUUCAACCCCUCCGGUCCUGCCAUCUGCACGCAGCCCUACCGCCCCUUCAUUCAUCGGGGUGGCGGAUUCUCCAAGAACCCUGGUUUUGUUCGAGGCUGGAGCAAACCAAAGAAUCUUUCGCAGCAAACUCAGGAGGAGGAGGAGGAGGAGGAGGAGGAGGACGAGGAAGAGGAGGAGGAGGAGGAGGACGAGGAAGAGGAGGAGGAGGAGGAGGACGAGGAAGAGGAGGAGGAGGAGGAGGACGAGGAAGAGGAGGAGGAGGAGGAGGACGAGGAAGAGGAGGAGGAGGAGGAGGACGAGGAAGAGGAGGAGGAGGAGGAGGACGAGGAAGAGGAGGAGGAGGAGGAGGAGGAAGAGGAGGAGGAGGAGGAGGAGGAAGAGGAGGCGACAAACGCUUACAACUGUGGCGGAACGCACGGAUGUCUCAUACAUGUCUACGGGCCACAAGAGAUUCAUUCACUCCGGUGCUUGGAAGGAGGGGAAAUAUAUUUCGUGCGUGAUUGGGAAGGUGCGGAGACAUGCAAGUUCUUACGAUAA